AUGCCGCAAGGCCAAAACCCGAGCUACAAGCUCAAAGACAACACCACUCUCCAACACCUCCGUCAUUUCCACCUCGCGGUCGUCAGUGCAAAGGCUAGUGACUUCCGCUUGGCUGGGAUCAACUUCACCACUCUCAACCCCGACUGGACCCACGUCGCCAUUGUCACGGGCCUGCUCACUGCCCACGACAUUAAGUGGGACCACACGGUCUCAAGGAACCACAGUCGCUCGCCAUCGCCGAAAGACCGUGACUGGGACAAGAUCACCCACCACAUCGGUCUUGUCGGCUUCAUCCUCGGCCAGAGCGCACUGGUGGAGGCCGCUUGUCGCAAGCAGGAGGGCGACGGCCUGGCAAUCCACCUGUACCCCAAACAAACACCAACGGCGCAGCGUGUGGGUGUGCAGUUGUGGACCGGCCUGCGCGACCGUCUCGAGGACCAGAUCUUCGAGCGCCUCAAGCUCUCCCUCGCCGCCGUCUUCAGCGAGAAGGGCCUGCACGAGUGGCUUCAGGUGCCCGGUAACCUGGUGUACACGGUCGACGGCUACAGCUGCGUCAUUGAAGCUCCGGGCGCCAUGACUGUGCGCAGGGACAUAAAGCGCGACACCGGUUUUUGCCGCUGGCCGCACAAAAUAUUUGAGCGCGGCCUCGUCAAGAAGGGCAUGCGCUUCACUGAACACCUCCCUGGCGCGGUCCCCCUCCCGGCCGACUUGAUCGACCACCACGACGACCGCUACCCUGACCGGGUGUUCGGUGUCCUCAAGAUGGUCUUCAAGGCGGUCGCGGAGAAGUUCAUCAGCGUCACGUACGACAAGGUGGCCCAGCAUGCCUGGUACUUUGGCGGUGUCUUUCUCCACGAGUUCGACAUCGGACUUGUCGUGGGUCUGUGCGACUUCAUGGGCGACAAAGUCCACACCGUCAAGACCCCGGCAGGCAUUGUCAAGGCGACCAAGGGCUUCAAGCUCUUCCCGUCGGCCAAGUCCCGCCACGUCGAGACGCUGAAGACCCUGCGUCGAGACUGGGCCAAGGAUGAGGGCUCUGGUGCGCGCCAGAACGCGCACGCCGACUUUUUCGAGCGUUUCGACUACGCGAGUAUCCCUCUGCUCCUCCAGGUCGCAUGCGCUGGUCAGAACCCGGAUGCCGACUUUGACAAUGCCGAUGUCAAGGCCGCAUUCAACCUGAUGGAGGACGACGCCAGGCGCGUCGAGGAAGAGGGAUGUACUUGGGACAGCUGCACGUUCAACGGCGAGUCGUAUUUGGCCGUCGUGGGCCUCCAGCUGCCCCUCGUGCAAGGCGACAAGCGCAAGAUCGCCUGCGUCCACCACGGCGUGAAGGCGCUGUACGCGAUGAAGAUGCUCGGCUUCGACAACCAGCAGCUGGCAUCAUACAUUCGGCACGAAAACGGCAUGGAGACCUACGGCGCAGCCAAGUCAUGGCUGUCACGCAAACGUGCCAGGGUAACCACUGCCAAGCAACCGAGUGUUGCUUCAAGCACGUGCCGUCACUGCAACUUCGUGGUGACAAAGGUGUACGGUCGAUGGGUGGAAAGUCGCGAGCAGAUGGCGGCCGACGCCGGUAUCAGCGUGCGCGAGCUUGCCAGGGAUCUGCGUCGCUUGGUGCCGAUGGGCCGCCGUACGGCGAGCGGACCUUGUGGUGACGCCAACCGUGGAAACCGCCGCUGCUCAGGCUUCUUGAGCGUGCUCCGACAGUUCCACCUCGCGCCCCGCAACCCCGAGGGUGUCGCCAUCUGUGGCGCGUGCUGGAACGCCCGGGGCAAUGUCGUGCGCAACUACGCGGCUCUCAAGGCCUUGCCGCGCGACUCAUUCUACAAGGUCGCCAAGGCCGCCGCCGCCGUGGUCUGUGGAACCGGCACCGGUCUCGAACGGCUGGAGCGCCUCCACAAACUGGCAUACUCGAUCCUUCCUGACCGCCUUGUCCCCGUUCACCUCUUGCUCUCGAUUGUGGUCAAGAGCAAGGCUUGA